GGGCCGCACCGAGACAGUUGGCCGAGUCGUGUGGCCGCCGCCGGGAAAGGGGAGGGUCGAGCCGGCGGCUGCCGACGCCGGCCUGCGCUAAGCCUCUCGCGCGCCCUUGCGUCUUUCCGCAUGGUGCCGGCUUCUCACUAAGCGGCGGCGGCGGCGGCGGCGGCGGCGGCGGCGGCGAGGCGAGAGGGACGCACGGCUGGGGCGGCUCGGAGUCGAGGCUUCCCGUCUCCCGCACUUCCUCCUGCGGCGCCAGUGCGUGGCCGCCUCGGCCAGCGGGAUGGCGGCUGCGGCCCGGGGGAGUGGCCGCGCAUCGGCGACCCGGCUGCUUCUGCUUCUGCUGCUCGCGCUGCUGUGGGCCCCGGCCGGCGUCCGCGCUGUCCCGGACGAAGACCUUAGCCUUCGGAACAAGGAACCGCCGGCGCCCGCCCAGCAGCUGCAGCCGCAGCCCGCGGCGGUGCAGGGCCCCGAGCCUGCCCGGGCCGAGAAAGGAUUGACACCAGCUGCCCCGGUUCAUUCCAAUAAAGAAGAUCCUGCUACCCAGACAAAUUUGGGAUUUAUCCAUGCAUUUGUCGCUGCCAUAUCCGUUAUCAUUGUAUCUGAGCUAGGUGAUAAGACAUUUUUCAUAGCUGCCAUCAUGGCCAUGCGCUAUAACCGUCUCACGGUGUUGGCUGGGGCUAUGCUUGCCCUGGGCCUGAUGACGUGCUUAUCAGUGUUGUUCGGCUAUGCCACCACUGUCAUCCCCCGGGUGUAUACGUACUAUGUUUCCACCGCAUUAUUUGCCAUUUUUGGCAUUCGAAUGCUUCGAGAAGGCUUAAAGAUGAGUCCAGAUGAAGGUCAAGAGGAACUGGAAGAAGUUCAAGCAGAAUUAAAGAAAAAAGAUGAAGAAUUUCAGCGAACUAAACUCUUAAAUGGGCCGGGAGAUGUCGAAACGGGCGCAAGCACUACGAUACCCCAGAAGAGAUGGCUGCAUUUCAUCUCCCCCAUCUUCGUCCAGGCUCUCACACUGACGUUCUUGGCCGAAUGGGGGGACCGCUCCCAGCUGACGACGAUUGUGUUGGCAGCUAGAGAGGACCCGUACGGCGUAGCGGUGGGUGGGACAGUGGGCCACUGCUUAUGCACUGGACUGGCAGUGAUUGGAGGAAGAAUGAUAGCCCAGAAAAUCUCUGUCAGAACUGUGACGAUCAUAGGAGGCAUCGUAUUUUUGGCGUUUGCAUUUUCUGCACUGUUUAUAAGUCCUGAUUCAGGUUUUUAACAAGCCGGUUUUUUUUUAAUUUGUAUUUAGUUUAAGAUAGGUAACUCUUGUCUUUAUGUACAUACUGUACAUUGUAACAAAGUGAUGGAAAAGACUGUAUUUUGUAGCACUGAUUUGCGAGUUUGACCCAUUUAAUGAAAGUAUUAUGUCCAAAAGAAAUAAUCAUUGAUUCUAUUUGCAACAUGGAUUUUUAAAAGAACCCUGACAUCUAAGUGUGGAUUUUUCUUUUCACCAGCACAAUUAUGUUAAUAUGGUCGCCGUUUUUUUUUGUUUGUUUGUUUUGUUUUUUUAGUUAUUUGUGGGAGAGGGUAUACAUAGAACCAUUGUGCAAUGGAGUCUACCAUUGAUUUUCUUUUAGCACUGACCCCUUUAUGAGGAAGAUACAUUUUAUCUGGAUCACUGAGCUGUUUUUUAAGAUGUUUGCCUUAACAUUUUUCUUGAGGUAGGAAUGAAUUGAUUUUUAUCUUUUAAAAUGUUUCCUUAAAGCCAGUAAGCAGUUUAAUCACAAGUCUUUUAAAAAGUCAGUUUCUUUUUUUUUUUAAGAGGAACAUAUUACUGUUAUAACAUGGCAAGAAAUGUUUGCCAGGUCCAUUCUCCUUCCCCCCUCCCUUUUUUUCUAAUUGGGUAAGAAACCCAAUAUAAAAAACAGUCAAUAUUUGACAAUGUGGAGUUACUAAAUUAAAAGAGAAUACUAUGAGUGUAUUCGUAUUUUUUCUAUACUGAAUAAACAAUGUACCAUAGAUACGAUGUAAAUAAAAGUGGUAUGACCAGCUUGUUUUCC